AUUCUCUGGAGCUCAGUUGCUGGACAAUCGCCGAUAGAGUCGGAGGUGCCUUUUAAAAAUCGGUGGAAGAUUCAUUCAAGAGAAGACACCAUGAAAAUAGAAUGGGCUCCGCUCAACAUUCCCCUGGAUCGGCGUCUUCAGACCUUUUUCACGGCCUUUUUCACGUAUACAAUAUUCUGGUUGCCCAUCAUAUCGACAUUCUGUACUCCGUUCCUGCUGUAUUAUAGUGGAUUCUAUUUGCGGACCUUUCUCUUGAUCUACUUCGUUUACAUAUAUUGGGAUUAUAAGAAACAUUUUGGCAUCAUGGAGGGCAACGGCUGGUUAGUGGCUCUUUUUCGAAAAAAUCCAAGUUAUCGCGAUUAUUUCCCGGUGGAACUUGUAAAGACCGCCGAGCUGCCGCCUGAUAGAAACUACAUUCUGUCUUGUUUUCCCCACGGACUUUUGGGAAUGGGUAUUUGUGUUAAUAUGGGAAUGGAUAUUCCCAAGUGGCUGAAACUGUUUCCCCAAGUUCGCCCAAAAAUUGCGACUUUGGAUCAUCAUUUCAAAACUCCAUUCUUACGGGAAGUCAUUCGCUUGUGGGGAAUGGUGUCUGUUUGCAAGGAGUCCUUGGUCUAUCUGCUCAACAAGUCGAAUGAUCCUAAGCAUGAGGACAAUCAAGAUGGAUUCACAUCGAACGCAGUGGCUAUAUUAGUUGGUGGAGCCCAAGAAGCCAUGGACUCGCAUCCUGGCCAAUACGUGUUGACCCUCAGGAACAGAAAGGGCUUUGUCAAGAUGGCCAUUCGAACGGGCUCAUCAAUUGUUCCCACAUUUUCCUUUGGGGAGGUGGAUAUAUACGACCAGGUGGAAAAUCCUCCGAACUCCAAGCUUCGACGUUUUCAGAAUGCUGUUAAAAAAUUGACCGGAGUUUCGCCCAUUAUUCCCAAAGGACGUGGUAUAUUCAACUAUAGCUUUGGUAUCCUGCCUUAUCGUGGGCGUAUUGUCCAAGUUGUUGGAGCCCCCAUUGAUGUGGUUCAGAGCGAUGAACCCGAUAGUGCCUACGUUGAUGAAAUUCAUGGGAAGGUUAUUGAGGCUCUGGAAAAGAUUUUCGAGGACUAUAAGGACAAAUACAUACAAAACUCCCACCGAACCAAGCUGGUUAUCCAGUAGCCCUAAAACAGGGACUACUAUAAAUUGUGAUUUUAUCUAGAACUUAAGGGGGCAGGAUGGUUUCAGGGGCUGAAAAAAAGCACAUUUUUGCGAUUUUUUUUCUCAUUUCUGAGUGAACGAAAUGAUCCAUUUUUUUUACACGAUAAAUGGCUAUAUUUGUAGAGUAUUUAAGAAUAUUUUUUAUUAAGAAAUAAUUAUUAUUUAUUCCGUGACGGCAGUCGGCCGGAGUCGCUUCAAAAAAUUGGUCUCUUGCGGUGCGUAAAGUCUGGCCUUACAGUGUUAUCUAAAAUCAAAAAAUUGAAUUGAUUUACUUAAAAUAUUUGUUUCUUGUGCGGAUGAACGAAACCAUUUUGAAAAAUAUGCAAUUUUGGAUUUUUGGCGCGGUUUCAAAGUCAAAAGUGCCAUUUUUACAUAAAAAUCCGUCCAUUUUUGCCCCUAAAAAAAGUAAAAAAAAUUUUUUUAAAAAAAAAGCGCUCGUUCAUCCGCAAGUAUUUAUUGUAUUAAAGAUGUGUACAAAAUUUUAUUAAGAUCCGAGAAUUACUUUUUGAGUUACGUUACGCACCGACUUGAAAAAGUUGUUUUGAGCAAAACGCGUCUAAAGUUUUAAAAGCAAUGGAAAGUAUAUGGAGAGAAAAAAACUAGAAAAUCGGUAUCUCAGCAAGUUUUAGUCCGAUCGACAUGAAACUUUCACAGGAUAUUCCUAAGAUAAUGUUCUAUUAUAUAAAAAAUUUCUGAAAAAAAAAAUUUUUUGAAGUCUCAAACCAUCCUGCCCCCUUAAGAAAACACACUUUUUAAACCCCAACAACACACAGGACACACACACAGUACAGAGAUUAUUUUUAACGAAAGCGCUUUUUUUGUUGUUUUCCUUUUAUUAAUUACCAAUUAAAUUUGUUACCUUGUAUGUACUUAUAUAUACAAAAAGAA